AUGGCGCUUUUUGAAGAAGAAAAUGGUCAUAAUAAUGACUUUGGAGUGGCUCUACCUUCAGAGCUUUGGUUAGCAAUUUUCCAAAAAUUUAACCCAGUGUAUGAUGAUAUUUUUACAUUGUGUCUUGUCUGUAAGAGUUGGCGAAGUAUAAUUUUUACCAACACUGAUCCUUCUCUUUGGGAAAAGAUAGUCGUAAAGAAUGUUAGAAACUGUAACUACGACAGUGCUAUUUUGGGAAGAUUCAGAACUAUCAUCAAACGAUUUGGUCGUUUUGUGAAGCUCAUUCGGUUACAGAAAUGUCAUGAACUUUUCACUGAAAUUCUCCUCUUGUACGCUCCUCGUCUUUCAUUUUUGACUGCUCUUGAAAUAACUGGUAUGCCAUGGUCGAAGAAGCUUCUUAGAGCGCUGAGUUGUCAAAAAUCUCUUGGGUGUGUCACCUUGGAGGGUUCCCUGAUUCUUGAAGGAAUUUUCAAUGAGGAUGACUUGCAGCACAUAGCUGAGAGUUUUCCUCAAGUUAGAAACCUUUGUUUGCAAUACUCAGUGGUCAAGCCAGAUUGGAUAACUACUGUAAGAGGUGUCAUGAUGUCCAAGUAUAAUCAUCACAUAACAAGUCUGGAGCUAGAGCGAGCAAGAAUAGAUGCAUCUGAUCUCAGAGACUCUGUCAAAGAGCUAAAAGGCUUGAAAAAAUUUAGUUAUGGGAAUGACCAAAUUCAUGGUUUGCCAUCUACUCAGCAACUCUAUUUAAAUUCCAAAUCUCUUAGGGAAGUGGAACUUUUUCAGGUUGGAGAUUUUGCAGAGUAUGAUUUUGUAUUUCCUAAUCUGAAGAAGCUGACACUAAAUGGUUGUACUUCUGUGUGUAAACUGGGCAUUGAUGCAUCCGCACUUAGGUGUCUUUAUCUACUGCUGUGUGUUGAGGUUCGCAACCUCAACAGAAUCACUGCUAACUCUCUGCAUGAGUUAAAACUAAGGAGAUGCAAUGCUCUUAUUCCAGCAGAACUGAUAAGUCUUUUGGUUAGAAACCCAGACAUCAAAUCAUUAGAGCUUGAAGUGUACUGGUCAAGUUUAAGACUAGAUCAGCACUCGACUCCAUCAUUGGAAAAUAUCACAAUAUUUGACAAUGGUGAACGCUUGACCUCAGUUGACAUCCGUUGUCCCAAACUGCAGCAUCUUAUGAUUAAAAAGUCAAUGACUCGUUCCACUAUUGUAAAAGCAGUUUCAAUAUUGUCUUUUGAUGUCCAGAAGAUUGUAGUCAGUGACAUACCUAACCUUCGGAAAAUCACUGUUGAAGCUGACAGAGUCGCAUACCUUGAACUGAACUUUGAAAGAAGGCUAGAUCAUGUCAAACCUAUUGAAUACACAAAGUUAAAUUUCAGAAGUGGGAUGUGUCAGUUGAAAAUCAAGCAUCUUGUUAUCAAGAAGUGUAAUUUGAAAGCUCUAGUUGUUUCUUUGUGCAAUGUUCAGCAUAUAUCCCUGGAAUACUGUAACCUUGACUGCCCUGUUGGUGAUUUGAUUCAAAACUGUGGUAUGGUGGAAUCACUGACUUUGAAGAACUGCUACGGGCCUUGUCAGUUGAACUUGAACAGUGAGCAUCUCAAAGAACUCUAUGUUGUUUCCUGUACAUCACUGCUUAUGGAUCACAUCAAUCUGGCUUGUCCAUCUCUGGUAGUACUCAAUGUGUCUGGACUGUUAUUCUUGCCAAGCCAGGAAGAAGUACAUUUUAUUGCUAGCAAUGUCAGGGAACUGUCUCCUUUUCUUGGAUCUGUUAAAUUCUCUCAUUAG